AUGACCAUCCCACCCCGCUAUCUCUCUGGUGAUGCGGCCAGCAUCCAGGAAUUCCUCGCCAAAUUUGAUGUCUUUCUCUUCGACUGCGAUGGUGUACUUUGGUCCGGAGAUCAUGUCUUCCCUGGCACAGUGGAGACAUUGGAGCUACUAAGAUCGAGCGGCAAGCAAGUGGUCUUCGUCACAAACAACAGUACCAAGUCACGAGCAGAUUAUAAGAAGAAACUCGAGGCCUUGGGGAUCCCAAGCACGACUGAAGAAAUCUUCUCCUCGUCCUACAGCGCCUCCAUCUACAUCUCACGCAUCCUCCAACUCCCCGCUAACAAGCGCAAGGUCUUCGUGAUCGGCGAAACAGGCAUCGAGCAAGAACUUCGCUCCGAGAAUGUCCCCUUCAUCGGCGGCACCGACGCUGCUUUCCGUCGUGAUAUCACACCGGAAGAUUACAAGGCCCUGGCAGCGGGGGACUCUUCCCUGCUCGACCCGGAAGUCGGCGUUGUCCUUGUCGGUCUGGAUUUCCAUAUCAAUUACCUGAAGCUGGCGCUUGCUUUCCAUUAUGUGCGUCGCGGCGCGGUGUUCCUGGCGACGAACAUCGACUCAACGUUGCCUAACUCUGGGUCGUUGUUUCCUGGUGCUGGUUCCAUGAGUGCGCCAUUGAUUAUGAUGCUGGGCCAGGAGCCUGUUUCCCUCGGGAAGCCGAACCAGGCUAUGAUGGAUGCUAUUGAGGGCAAGUUUAACUUUGAUCGCAGUCGGACUUGUAUGGUUGGGGACCGCGUCAACACUGAUAUCAAGUUUGGGUUGGAGGGGAAGUUGGGAGGUACGCUGGGAGUGCUGACGGGGGUGAGUAGCAAGGACGACUUUGUUGCAGGCCCGAUUCGACCGAUGGCGUAUCUGGAUAAGCUCUCUGAUCUCUUAGAGGGGUCGAAAUCAAGAGUGGCUGGGAAUGAGUUAUGA